AUGAAGAAGAAGGUUCUCCUCAUGGGGGCGUCCGGUAGCGGCAAGACCUCCAUGCGCUCUCUCAUCUUCUCCAAUAACCCCGCGUCCCUGACCUCCCGCCUCGGCGCCACAAUCGACGUCGAACAAAACCACGUCCGCUUCCUCGGCGACCUCAUCCUCAACCUCUGGGACUGCGGCGGCCAAGACUCCUUCAUGGACUCCUACCUCUCCACCCAGCGCUCCACCAUCUUCCAGCACGUCGGCGUCCUCAUUUAUGUGUUUGAGGUCGAGUCGCGCGAUAUGCCGAAGGAUUUGGUGUACUACAGGGACUGUCUCGAGGCGCUGAGGAAGUAUAGCCCGCAGGCGAACGUGUUUUUGUUGGUGCAUAAGAUGGAUCUGGUGGGUGGGGAUGAGAAGGGGAGGAGGGCGAUGCUGGAGAAGAAGGGGAGGGAGUUGAGGGGGGAGAGUGGUGGGAUGGAGGUCACGGUGUUUGGGACGAGCAUUUAUGAUGAGAGUUUGUACAAGGCAUGGUCGAGGAUAGUCCACACCAUCAUCCCCAACGCCGAAAUCCUCACCCGGCACCUGACCACUUUCGCCCGCAACUGCAGCGCCACGGAAGUCAUCCUCUUCGAACGCACCACCUUCCUCGUCAUCGCCACCUCCGCACUCUCCCCUUCCUCGACUCCCUCUUCUCUCCUCGCUUCAUCACACCCCUCCUCCGUCUCCGGCUCACGAACGCUUAACGGCAAUAGCAAUGGCAAUGGCAAUGGCAACGGGACACCAAGCCUCUCAUCCCCACCGUCCACCUCACUCUCUUCCUCCGCACACAACCACGACCCAAAUCGCACUGACAUCGACCACGACUCCUCUCCCUCCCUCUCCCACUCCCUCUCCCCCGACUUGGACACGGACACAGACACAGAUAGGGACAGGGACAAACACAAGCUCCUCGCGACGCGCUACGAGCGCACCUCAGAACUCAUCAAAGCGCUCAAACACUCCUGCUCGCGCGUGCGCGGCGAUCCGUUCCAUUCGCUCGAGAUGGAGUUGCCUGAGUUCACGGCGGUACUCGAUGAGAUGACGAAGAAUACGUAUGUGUUGGUUAUUGUGCAUGAUACUAGGAUAGAGAGAGCGGCGUUGAAGAUUAAUAUCCGAUUAGCGAGGCAGAAGUUCGAGGAGCUGCAGAGCGAUUCGAUCUCCUGA